AAAUCCACGGAGAUUGACUUGGAAGUGAAGAGAGAAGAGGAGAUCCGCCUGCUUGGCUUCCUGACACGGGGGUUUCUAUUUGUUUUCUCCCUUUGCUCAGGACACAAUUUCCACACGAUCAUUAGUGGAGAGCAGCCCAGCGGGGUCAAGGCUAGGAGGAGGGGACGCAGCCGCAAGCAGUGAAGGAAGGUGGAGGCACAAAGGCAGAAGAGCGGGUGGACGAAAGCAUGAGGCGGCUCCUGGACAGCAGCUGGAAGAAAUUUGGACAUGCUGACAGGGGGAACUACGACUGGCUGAACACUGAACCAGGUGGGCCACUUCUGGAAACAGAGCUCCAGAGUAGACAACAGAUAAGUUCAACCAAAGACGACAUAGAGCCAUUUCUGUGCAUCAUUUUGCCUGCCACCAUGAUGCUCUUCCUGGCAUUCCUGCUGCUCUUCCUGUACCGCCGCUGCCAGCGCCCCAUCCCACAAGGGCAGAUCUUCAGCAUUGACCUCCCUGAGGCCCUGCCUGAGCACGACGUGUCCAAUUUCUUUUCUGUGCUGCCCUGGAACAGCGAGCAGAGUUUUCAUUACUCCACUCUCCUCCCGGAUGCCACGUUUCUCUCCAUGUGCUUGCCUCCAUCCUAUGAGGAGGCCACAACAAAGACUGCCCUGGGUGAGGCUCACAUUGAGCUCUCUCCAGACCCAGUGCCUCCUUACGAAGAGAGCACACAGCCAUCCAGCAGCACCAAAUAAGCUUCCUACGGAAGUACCUUAGCUGAAGCACGCUGCCCCUCAAGGCGUAAAUACAGAUCUGCUAUGGCCUUUAAAAUUAGCACAAAUAAUCCAAAUGAGGCAAAAACCAAUGAACUGCGAAGCAGCAAACUUGAAGGAACAAGGAAUUAGAAUAUUCUAGAACAAGGUGAAGAGUAUCUUCCACCUGCAGCAAGGCUAAACUUCAGUUCUAGACUGGUAAUGAGGAAAUCUGAGAGAACGGAGUAUGUUGUAUGAGGAUUAGAUUUACAGACGGAUGAGAAUCUGCCCAUCUGCAAUCCCAAAGAAAUGUAACAACACUGAUGGCUGGACUUGAUGAUCUUGAAGAUCUUUUCCAGCCUAGAUAACUCUAUGAUAAAUUAUACUACAGAUUUACCAGUUGCAAAAAGGGCUUUUAGCAUGAAACUAUGCCAGUUUGGCUUUUUCUACUUUAUGUGUUUGUUUUUCAUUGAGUUCCUGAAAAGUUGAUUUAUUUAGUCAGCAUGUCUUAACAUCACAUCAUUCUUCAGUGCUCUGGAACAAUCGAUCACAGCACUCAGGAACGCAAAUAAAUUAAACUCUAAGGAAGUUUUCCAAUUGUCCCAAGAAGUACAACCAUGCACCUUUCCUGAAGGCUGACUUCCAACACUACUGAACAGUGAGAGCAACCAGAGAAGACCAGAUCAUUCUGGAUGAGGAAGACUCCAGCACCAUCACACACAAAUACACGCGUUUGCUACAAGACAAGGCCUACAAAAUCCCAAAGUUCUAGGCUACUGGCUUGACUAAUUUUCCAGUGUACAGAUUAGAACAAUAAAUUCUGUGACCGUGAAAUUUAGGUACCUUGUGUUAAAGAGUUACAGAAAAAAAAUAUUAAAUGCACUAAGGAAAAAAUCUGGUUGGUAUUUCAAAACAGCAUUGCAAUCACUUAACUACUAAAGAGAAGUAAAUGUCAUUUAAAUGUGUUGGUGCAUGUGGUUCUCAAGAGGGCUUGCAAAUCCUUGCUUUUAGAGAGUGACACACCUUUAAUUUCUUCUUACUGAACAGCACUUUCACCAUACUGACAGAUGCUCUUGUUGACUGAUAAAAUUCAGCCUCCAUUGUUUCAAAUGUAACAUAUUUUGCCUUAAAAUAUCUGCUAUGUUCUGAUAUCAUUUACACUGUUCUUCAGCAGCUUAUCCUUGCCAUUCUAGUGCCUGAACGCUACCCUGGGCUCAAUGUUCUAAGCUGCUCUCCUGUUAUCUUCAUUACAAGUCAGGCAAAUUCUUGAGUGAUAUUUCCAGUGGUCAAAAGUGAUGUUCUAGAACUAGCCAAGAAUUGCUACUCCCUCCAAGAACACUGAGUGACCAUCUCCCACAUAGUAUUUAUUGGGUAACUCAAAUCCUGCAUCAGAAAAAUUGUUUGCUUGCAUUACUAUAGAAAAAUUAAGAACAGAUAAUUGCUCGUGUCCAAAUUAACAAUAAUAUAUACUCCAUUACUUCAGUUCCUUUUUCUAAUAGACUACUUUUAAUUUCAUCUAGAAUUAGUGUCUUGUACCUCAUUCCAACACUGUUUUAUCUGGUCUUGCAUGUCAACUGUCCCUAGAGGGUUUUAACCUACCCAGCAUCUCAUUCUUGAAUCUCCACUGCAAAUCAAAGGUCCAGUUGAUGAAUUACUCUCCAUAGUGUAGCAACUGCCACUGAUCAUAUCAGCCCAUGACAUGCCCAGCAGUAACCAUAGUGACACUGUCAUUGCUACUGCUUGAUCAUGUCCUCUGUAGAAAACAUAGCUCAUAGUCCAAAAGGAACUCAUGCUCUGCUAAUCUCAAAGUGAAAGGCUUACAGCACAUCAUCUAAAAAAGAGUCAUCAGUGUUUCAGCAUUGGAUGAGAUGACUGAGGUAUUAAACUUUCAAAUACAGAAAAAGUAACUGCAAACAGAACAAAAUGAUCCUUCGUACUUCAUGCCUACAGCAGUUUAGUCUUGUGCCAGAAAGAUAAAGCUAUAAGAAAAAAUUCUAAAAGCAAACUACAGUCUAAAAGAGCAGCGAAGCACUGAGAGCAUCAUCUCUGGUCAUAGUAAGAAGUUGAACAAUCAUCAGCAGUGAAUGAUGCUAGUUGGGGUCAAGAAUGCUUAGAUCUUCUCUGGGCCCUUCCCUGCUCCUACAUCAUAAGGCUGUGUGAAAAUGAGGUCUGUUCAUUGUUUCUAAGUCUUAUAAGAAAAUAAGUGACUCUUUGAACACCAGACACCAUGAAUUUUCACAUGCAUGCAUAGAUCACUGUAAGCCUGAGCUAUAUAACUGCAAGGUGCACAUAAUUUUUUUGUUUUGUUUAAAUCCAAUGAAGAUUAGAACUUAUUAAAAUAUCAAAACCUGCUAAUA